GCCCCGCCCCUCCGGGCGUGUGUGUCGUGUGUGUUUGGGGCCCGCGCGGGUUGAGCGCCCUCCGCCUUCGCGCCUCCUGCCCCCGAGGCCCUACGGCUGCCCCUGUGCCCCUCGCCAGGCCGGGCAUCGCGGGCCAACAUGGGCCAGGAAGAGGAGCUGCUGAGGAUCGCCAAAAAGCUGGAGAAGAUGGUGGCCAGGAAGAACACGGAAGGGGCCCUGGACCUUCUGAAGAAGCUGCACAGCUGCCAGAUGUCCAUCCAGCUACUACAGACAACCAGGAUUGGAGUUGCUGUUAAUGGGGUCCGCAAGCACUGCUCAGACAAGGAGGUGGUGUCCUUGGCCAAAGUCCUUAUCAAAAACUGGAAGCGGCUGCUAGACUCCCCUGGACCCCCAAAAGGAGAAAAAGGAGACGAAAGAGAAAAAGCAAAGAAGAAGGAGAAAGGGCUUGACCGUUCAGACUGGAAGCCGGAAGCAGGCCUUUCUCCACCAAGGAAAAAACGAGAAGACCCCAAAACCAGGAGAGACUCUGUGGACUCCAAGUCUUCUGCCACCUCCUCUCCAAAAAGGCCAUCGGUGGAAAGAUCAAACAGCAGCAAAUCAAAAGCGGAGAGCCCCAAAACACCCAGCAGCCCCUUGACCCCCACGUUUGCCUCUUCCAUCUGUCUCCUGGCCCCCUGCUAUCUCACAGGGGGCUCUGUCCGGGACAAGUGUGUGGAGAUGCUGUCAGCAGCCCUGAAGGCGGACGAUGAUUACAAGGACUACGGAGUCAACUGUGACAAAAUGGCAUCAGAAAUCGAAGAUCAUAUCUACCAAGAGCUCAAGAGCACCGACAUGAAGUACCGGAACCGCGUGCGCAGCCGCAUUAGCAACCUCAAGGACCCCAGGAACCCCGGCCUGCGGCGGAACGUGCUCAGUGGGGCCAUCUCCGCAGGGCUCAUAGCCAAGAUGACGGCAGAGGAAAUGGCCAGUGACGAACUGAGGGAGUUGAGGAAUGCCAUGACCCAGGAGGCCAUCCGUGAGCACCAGAUGGCCAAGACUGGCGGCACGACCACUGACCUCUUCCAGUGCAGCAAAUGCAAGAAGAAGAACUGCACCUAUAACCAGGUGCAGACACGCAGUGCUGAUGAGCCCAUGACGACCUUUGUCUUAUGCAAUGAAUGUGGCAAUCGCUGGAAGUUCUGCUGAUGGAACAGCCAGGACCACCAUGAACAAGGUGAGGAAGAAGAAAGAGGAAGCGCUGAACUGUAUGAACUGGAGAAGCAAUAAAAAUUAAAGUGAAGGAAAAUACUGAACUCUGAGUGGGGUGGUAUGAGUUGGAGGAAGAAUUCUCUUGCAAAUUAAUAAUCGGUCACUAGAAACAAUUGGUUAAUGGGGGAGCCUAAUUGGAGAAUGAUGCUGAGAUUCUGUAUUGAUGAACCUCUUUUAGAAACUGCAGAGGGCUGGGCACGGUGGCUCAUGGUUGUAAUCCGCAAACUCUGGGAGGCUGAGGUGGGAGAAUCGCUUGACCCCAGAAGUUUGAGUCCAGCCCAGGCAACAUAGCAAGACCCCAUCUCUAUAAAAAAAAAAAGAGAAAGAAAAAAUAAAGAAACUGCAGCGCCUUAGACCUGAGGUGUCAUAUCUUGGACAGUGGGCUGGCAGACCUUUGCUUUGAGUUCCUUGUCUCCCAUCUGGAUCUCCCAGCCUUUUCCGAAUUGGAAAAUCCCAGAUCAACACAAACCUCACCCCACCCCCACCUUAGAGUCACAUGUGCAGAACAGUUGAUACACCAUUUGGCUUCAGCAGAUAUUACUUCCCUACUACGUAUUAGGUUGCUGCGAAAGUAAUUGUAGUUUUUGCAAUUACUUUUGCAGUGGCCUAAUAGAAAUAUUUCUUCCCUACUCUUUCCUCAUCUCUUCCCAAACUCUCUGCUAUUCCCUGUUCACGGCUG